AUGGCACUCUAUCAGAAAACUGUCCAUAGGCUUGAACAGUUCGAAUCGUUGCUAAAAUGCGAUAUGAUUGAUAUGAAAAGACUGAAAAUUCUUGCAUUUAACGGUUGUCCGGCAGAAAACGGUAUUCGGAGUUUAACGUGGAAGAUUCUAUUGAACUAUCUCGUUCUCGAUCGGACGAAAUGGUCAUCGCAUCUGAGCAAACAGCGGGAAUUGUAUCGUGGCUAUAUUCGUGAAACGAUUAUUAAGCCAGGUUUAACUCCAACAACAGAAUCCGAUGUUCUCGAUCAUCCGUUAAACUCUGCACCAGACAGUUCGUGGGCUGUUUACUUCAAAGAAAAUGAAGUCUUACUACAAAUUGAUAAAGAUGUUCGGCGACUUUGUCCUGAUUUAUCUUUCUUUCAACGUGAAACUGAUUAUGCAUGUGCUGAAAUUUUAAACCAAGAAGCUGGAUUUGAAAGUUUACGUAAGCGUAUUGUUUCCACUGCUCUCAAAGUCGAAUCUCAAUCUCGCUCACGCUUGACCGGUCGACUCGAAUUCGAAUAUCAGAACAAAGCCAGUCAAUCGUCAACGACAUUCGAUGAUAACGAAUAUCAACUAUUACCAGAUGGUCACGAAGCACAUUGGGAAGUUGUUGAACGGAUUCUAUUCGUUUUCUCCAAAUUGAAUUCCGGACAGAGUUAUGUUCAAGGAAUGAAUGAAAUCAUUGGACCAAUUUAUUACACAUUUGCCACAGAUCCCAAUCCAGAAUGGAGAGAACAUGCCGAGGCCGAUGCAUUCUAUUGUUUUACUAACUUAAUGAUUCACAUUCGUGAUAAUUUUAUGAAAAUCUAUGAUCAUUCCGAAUUUGGUAUUCUUGUUCGCAUGCAAAGACUUCUGAUGUUAUUAAAAAGGACUGAAUCGGACAUUUAUUAUUUAUUUGAAAAACAAAAAAUUAAACCGGAAUUCUAUGCGUUCCGUUGGUUGACAUUGUUAUUAUCUCAAGAGUUUCGUUUGCCAGAUGUCUUGCGUAUUUGGGACUCGUUAUUUGCUGAUCAAGAAAGAAAUUUUGAGUUUCUUCUCUAUAUCUGCUGUGCUAUGAUUGUUCUUCAAAAAAAUCGACUGUUAAGUGGAUCGGAAUCUCAGAAUAUCAAACUAUUACAAAACUAUCCACAAGAUAUUGACAUUCAUCAUAUCUUAGAAAAAGCUGGUCGACAGAUCAUCGCGAAACGAAACUAUCAACAAGGUGAAUUGAUUUUCGAAGAGCAACCGCUUGUUCUAGCACAAUUCGAAUGGAAUAAAUUAUACAAAUAUUCGGCGUGUGAAUAUUGUUUGUACCCGUUGGAAUCAUGUGAGCAGAAUGUUCGUCGCCUUUGCCAGGAUACAUCGAUCGUUAUUCCAUAUCCUGAAUGUGAUCCUAAUCAAACAAUCAGUCAGCGAAUUGUUCGAUGUCCGAAAUGCAAUGAAAUGUACUGUUCAGCAGGCUGCUAUCAUCAAGCAAUGAACAGUUACCAUUCAACACUUUGUCAAUCUGAUGAAACUGAUAGUAAAGUUCAGUUGAUUCGACAGAUUAUUGAUUUAUGGAGAUCGGCACAUCCUCCACCCGAGACAACAUCGAUUUCACUCGUGCUUAAACUAAUGGCUAUGCUUAAACAGAGUAACAAUCGAUUAUUACUUCUACAAGAGCUUCAGAAGUUUUCUCAGGGUGUCCAGAGUGAAAAUCAGAGAUUCUACCAUAAAUUACUACGGAAAGAAUUUCAAUCUCAAGUGGAACAUUUAAGACAAGCAUUGAGUAAUUUCAACGAACAGUAUAUACAAAUCGAAGAAUUUCGGUGGUUUCUCACACCAGAUGGUUUUCGACAACUAUUAGCUUUACUUGGACGAAAUCAACAAGGUGUUGGGACAAGUCCACUGGCGGUCUGGGUAAAAAAUUGUGAGAAUUUACCAACAACCGAACAAGCUGUAGCCGUCGCAGCAGCAGCAGCUGCUGCUGCUGCAAGUAGUGAUAUAUCGCAACUCAUUGAUGCGAUUUAUACAAAGAUUGAUGACGUUUCCGGUGAAUUUAUCGAUUGCGAAGGAAGUGGAUUAUUCAAACUACAAAGUUGUUUAAAUCAUAGUUGUGAUGCGAAUGCCGAGAUACAAUAUCGACAUAAUAAUUCGACUCUGUCUGUUGUUGCUACUCGAUCGAUAUCGAGCAAUGAAGAAAUAACAAUCAACUAUUUGUCUGAAUGUGACAGAAAUCGAUCAAGACAUUCUAGACAGAAACUUCUUCAGGAAAAUUAUUUAUUUUUGUGUCAGUGCAGUCGAUGUGUCUCGGAAGCAAGUGAACUCGACGAAACAAGUGAAGACGACGACGACGACGAUGAAAUGGAUGAAAACUAA